UUUUGGUAUUUAUUUACUAGAAGCGCAGAUUAGAAUUCCCAGACCCAGUCAUGAAACUGUUGGUCCUUAUUUUUGCCACCAUUGUAGCUGUCAGCGCACAGAAACGAUACCCGCAACGUCCAUCUUAUCCUCGCAUCACAGUACCAUCGUUUCAGCCAUACUUUGCCCCCUUCCCACCAUUCUUCCCAUUCUUUCCAUUCUAUCCACCCAUACCUUAUCCUUCCCUACCAUCUAGCGGCAGCAGCGAAGAAUAUGCAGUAUCUCUAGAAGAUGCCCCAGUAGGAUUGUACAGCAAAUCAUCUGGUGGUGAAGGCUCAUUUGAUGGUGGGCUGGACGUCACCGGUGCUUCUUUAGGAGGAACUAAAGUUGGUCUGUAUGGUAAACAAAAUGUCAACCCAAGUGGAUAUGCCGCUCCUUUGGCUCGCGUGCCAUUUGCUCAAGGAGUUCGUCAAGGCUGAUUAAUGAACUGAAUCUCAGGAAACUGAAAGUGUAAACGGAAACAAGUAUGCGACCCCCAAGAAGAUUAUUGUAAAAAGAAUGGAUAUUGAAAUAAAUGUUGAUCAGUA